AGAGAGAGCCUGCACUCCUCAUUCAGCUGCUGCAUUCUCCAGCCUGCCUCUACCGCUACUUCCCUGCGCUGCUGCGAGUGCAGUGCUGGGGGUCAACCGGACGGGCUGAAAGCUCCCUGAAGGUCUUCAUUCUCCUCUCUGUAGGGUUCGUCCCUCUGUUCAUUCCGGGGGCAGGGUGCAGAGGAGGAGAGAAGAGGGAGGGACUGGGAGCAGGAAUUCAGACUCCUGCCUUCAGCUGCGUGGCUCCAUAGACACAUGAGAGGAACACACAGGCAUAUUUGUGUAGAUUAGACACAGCUCAGGCUUUGGCAGACAGGAAGGGGGUGGGGACAGACUGACAAAAAACACACAUUAUAUAAAUACAGAAGGACUGACAGGCAGGGAGUGUCAUGGCGUCAAUGGACCGCAGCGGUGUGAGGGUCUCUGGUCGGCUGAGAUCAGGGGAUCUACUUCAAGCUGGCCUGGCAGUUGUACUGCUGCUCGGGGUAUGGAGUGUUGGUGGACUGGAGGUAUCGACAGGUAAAGUGUCUGUAAUCGAAGCAAUGAACGGCUCCACGGUUUUGAUUCCCUGCACAUACUCCUCCUGCAUCGGCAUCAAAGACCUCUUCUUCAACUGGCAUUAUAAUGACAAUGGAACCAUGCUCAAGUUGUGUGAAGGAGAGAUCCCAAUGGAGGGCGUGGAGCCCAGAGGGGUCAGUGUGUACCAUGAACGUAUUGAGUUUGUCGGCUCCUCGAAGGGCAACAACAUCUCCUUCCUGCUGUGGAACAUCACCUUUGAAGACCAGGGAGAGUACAUCUGUUUCGCCCGGAACCCGAAAGAAAAGAACCGCAACCACACCGCUAUCUUCACUCUGAUAGUGGUGGACCAACUGAAGGAUCCUGACAGCAGUUUGACGGUCGUCAUCGUCUCUGUGCUGGGGGGAGUCAUUGGCUUAGCUAUCUUCCUCAUGGUGAUCAAGGGCUUGGUUGUUAACUUCCUGCUGGAUGGCGGUGAAAAAAAUAAAGAUUGCCUGGUGAACUCAGGGAACGACAACACAGAAAAUGGACUUUCAGGAGCCAAAGCCGACAACAAAGGGACGCCGAAGGCAUGAGCAUAAAGCGACGUAUGUCUGUAUGUUUGUAUAUAUGUUAGACAAAUGUACACGCUCAGAGAAGAGGCUGUUAUCGUUGGACUGUUUUAUCUUACUAGUGGCUAUAGCUAAUAACAAUAUGUAAAUGUUUAUUUUAAAUCAUGCUUGAGAUUUGGGGGGUGUGAGACAUGCACAGGCCUGGAUCUCUCGCUCACUUAUACGGCAGCCCAGUUGUUACACAGAGCCUCGGUUAUCAAAUGCUGCUCUGUAUCCUACUGAACCUCACAGUGCUCUUCAGAUCAGACUGAAUUAUUCCUGCUGCCAACUUUAUAUACACAUGCUUCCUUUUAUUCAAAGAAUUUCUUAAAAUAAAUUAUAAUCAGUAUUUAUUUAUUUUUAAAGAUUUGUGUUACAAAAACGCAAAUAUCUGCGAUAUCGCUUUGGAGGAAGAAUUUUGCACAAAGCAGAUUCUAAAUUGCCUUUUUUCUGUUGUUGUUGCUUUUAUUGAUAAAGUUUCUGGAUUUCAGUGACCCUGCUGAAAUACAGAUAGUAGUCUUAGUUGACUGUAUGUUUGAUUUAUCCAUUUGGAAUUCAUGGUGUCAUUGUAAUCCACAACUCUGAGUGAAAUCAGGACCCAAUCUCACCUCUACAGUCAACCGAACAACAGCAUAAAAGGAAGAGAAAAAACUAACAAACAAACAAGCAAACAAACACUUUUGUCUAUGAACCUAUUUUUUCAUAGACACUUUUUUUAACAGCUAGUUUUACUGUCGGGUCCAGGUCCGACACCCUGCCAGGUUGUGCUUGGUUCAUUCAUGCUGAAUCUGCAGAUUUUGAUUAACUCCUGUCUACAACUGGGCUUUCUAAAGUGACUGAAAGGAUCCAGUCCUGCACUGGUUUUCAUUGUUUCGCUUUAGAUGAAACACAGGUGCCUGUUCUGCUUCUGCUCCCUCUGCUGGCGGGAGGUUAAAAACACAAAAAAAUGUAUAAAAAAAACUAACACAUCCCUCAUCAGAGACAAUCCCCAGACCUGCCCAGCUCCCUAUAGAAAGGAAUGAACUUAAUCAUGCUGCUUCUGUCUAAUAACCAAUGCAUUUUUAGCAUGUGUGCAUUUUAUAUAACGUCAUAUAAGUACAUGUUGUCUCUUACCACAGGACAGGAACUUUUCUGUGCAUCGCUGUAUGGUCUCAUUUAACCCUUCACAUCAACUGACUGAAGCUGAGUAAAUGCCAGAUGAGCACCCUCCCUCUAAACACUGCGACAGCUAUUCUCACCCCUUUAACCAGGUCAGGGUGAUGACCCGUCUUUUAGGGUCAGGACCUACAGGUAUAUGUGGGAAAAGAAGGGUGAAAAAGACAAUUUAAACUUAUUAAAAUCGUACAAACUUAUUUAGUAUCACCAAAUUUAAGAAGUUUAAUACGUUGGCACUUUGUUCAAUGGCAGAUCAGCAACAUGCGUGCGCAUUUCUCCGGAAACCAAUUCACCUUUACACUUUCUCUAUAGAAGAACCACAGACUUGCUUGGAUAAUCAUAAAUCAACACCCUUAAAAUACAGUGCGCGUACAUGCAUCCGUGAUUGUGUUGAAGCAUCUAAACGUGACCACUGACACAGCCUCAGUUUUACAGGUAGCACAGCAGUGGGACAGAUCACUACAGAAGAAUGUAACGACUCAGUCAGGGAUGUUAAAUAUUGUCCAAUAAGUAUAGAUGUAUUUUAAUUCAUUAGAAAAAGAAUAUCUAACGUGUUAAUCUGUGAAUAUUCUCAAAAGGCCAGAAUAUUGCAUUUAUUUUUUGUUCUGUACAACCUGCCGAUACUUUCAAUGUUUCGAGUUCUGAGAGUUCAGAUUAGACCAAAACUACUUGGUGUGAUUGUACCGACAAACAUACGACACUGAGGACUGUAAGUGUAGUAUAUACACAUUUAAAUUGUGGAAGAUUGCUCAAAUUUAAGAACUUGUAAUAUUUAAGAGGUAAUCACGUUUUGUUUAAGUAGCAAGAAUGGGACUCAAUAGAUUCCAUACCUCCGCCAAGGCCCAACAUUCCUCUAAAUUCACUAGAUCCGCAUUGGUUUUUGGCUCAUUACCAAAUCAUACACAAUCAUAAGUAUAAGUCCCCAAAUCAUGUCAGAGAUCCAUGAAUGAUUCACUGAGAAAUCAAUGAAAAUGGUGGGAAAAUAUUCGUGGAUCUGCUCCCUAAUCCUAGCCACAAUUCAAUUGAUUCUUUCUCUAACAUACUUCACAAUUCCACUAAGUUUGUGGUAAUCCAUCCCGGAGUUUUUUGCAUAAUCCUGUCAACUAUCAAACAAAGGCAGACAGAAACAUUACCUCCUAUAGGUGGUAUAUAGAGUGGCACUCAGUAAAGUGCAUACCUCUGUCAAGGCCCAACGGUCCUCAUUAUCCCUCAUUUUUAAUGAAGGUACUUCGAUUAUUGGAAAAUGUUGAAAAAUAUCUUGCCAUGUUAAAGAAAGUCAACAUUUAUUCCUGGCUCUGCCUCCUGAUACUGAUCCGGCACCAAACUUUAAAGGGUUCCUCCCUGACCCAUACCACAUCCUUCCACUGAGUUUCAUGGUAAUGCAUCCGGCAGUUUUUUGCAUUUUCCUGCUAAAAAACAAAUGCAGAUGAAAACAUAACCUACUUGGCGGAGGUAAGGUAGCAUGUGUAAAGUCUUAAUGAUGAAACCUCUCAUCCAAUGGGAAGUCAACAUUAACGAAGUGCGAAGUUGCUCAUUGGAAACUCGAACCUCUCUUUGCGACCCUCAGUAAGAGAGGUAGCUUCUGUGGAGCUGGCAGACAUGUGCCGUCACAGCCGCGUGCAUAGCUCAGAUAGCUAUGACAGCUGAGAGCUGCUCACAGACAUCUGCUCACAGACUCACAUACUAAAGAGACACUUUGAUACCAGGGUGCGGCACACUGGCCUUGCAUAUAGACGGUACAGCACUUUACCACUGAUCAGAGUAGCUGCACAAAACAGGAUAUUAUGGGAAAGACUUCAGUCAUCGUUCUUUGUGAAUUCACAUUGUGUCAAAUUGUUUUAGCACUGACUAUCGACAUGUUGUCUCAUUGGAACAGAGCUCUAUGGCAAAGAUUUGAUCUUAUUUUUCUAAUCGCUCCCCCACUUCUGUUAGCCUUCUGCUCUCUGACCCUGCAGUGCAUUUCCCUUCUUGCUUUCAAAUGGCAGCAAGAAGACGACAGACAGACCGAUCAUGCAAUAAACUGUUUUAAGGCACUUUACAGAUGUGUCUGGACCGGUUGCGAUCGCAACUCCGUCUGUCCGAGGCACUGUUCAUACGUAGCUUCACUCCACUAAUGUAUCUCAGUCAGACUAAUGUAUUGACAUUAGGUUCAUGUAUCUACAUUAGACAGAUUUAACUGCAUUGGAUCAAUCGAGAUUAGAUCCCUUUUACACUUGGCCUGAAAUUCCCUGCGUAGAUGGAAUAUCUUUCAAGGCGAGCUCGGAGCUUCAGGCCACAUUAUGAAACCACUUCUGACCACUUCUCUCUUCGAUUGAGGAAAGUUCUACAGCAGAUUUCUGAAAACCCAAGUCAUUAAUGUUGUGUUCCUCUGAAUCUGGAAAUAAUGGUAUGACCAGAGGUGUGGAAAAUCUUCAUGAAAGUUGUAUCGAGAGGGAAUUCGGAUAUAGUGUGGUUUAACCAAACGUCAUCACAUUACAGGCUUUAUACGGUGCUGUGUCGUAAGAAUCCAGUUCCAACGAAUUUGACAUGAGAUGUAAUUAGAUCUCUUUCAAAAUACAGAUGCCAUGACAAACAACACAUUUGGAAAGGGGUCGCACUUUGGUUUGAAACAUCCAAUGGAAUUUUAUUGCUGAGUAUAAAUAGGAUCAAGGCUGAUCUAUGUCCACAGACCCAAACUUGCUUCCUCAUCCCACCAUCUGUGUGCAUAUCCCUCUGUGAAGAGGGUCCAUAGUGUUCCUGUGGGAAAACAACGACAACACUGUUGUUGUUUUCUCUUGAUGUAACUUUCCUUCCUCCAUUACUCGAUCCUUGCCAAACAAAUAGGGGGAUUCCUGUAGGGAUUGUGAUGCAUCGCCUGUGUAUUUGUGGCCACAGUUCUAAUGCUUGCUUUGUUUUUUCUGUGAUCACUAACCAGAUUUUUUGUUCCCUGGAGUGUAGCCCAUUAACCCUGCCUCUCGGUUUCAGGAGAUUUAUUCUCUGCCGUUAUGGAGUUAUUUAUUUUCCUGACGAGAGUGAAAAACAUCCACAUCAAUAUUGGCCCAGUAAACUAGACGCAGGCUUGUGGGAAGGCUGUAAGGACGAUGGUCUGUUUCAAUGAAGGCCAGGUACAGCAUGUAUGCGGCAAACAGGAUAAUACGAUUUCAUGUAUGAAUGCAGACAGUGUAGAUCUACUGGAGCUGUGGAGCUGCUGCCUUCAUCACAACAUGAAUUUGUACUGGCUCAUUUUCUCUCUAUCACAUUCUGACCUGUAUGUAUUUCGCCAAGAAACAUCCUAACGUGGGUUGAUUUUGGCUUAACAACUGCUCGCAGUGUUUGCUGCAGUACUGACUCUGCCCUGACUAGAGUAGGACGCUCCUCUGCAGUGGUGCAGUACGCCACAGUCAACACAACGUGACUGCCACCUGGUGGUCCAUACCUAACACAUCAGACAAGCUUGGGCAGAAGCUGAUGAGACAAACAAACAGGCGCUUCUUGCUUUUUAAUUCAGACCAUGAACAAAAAUAACUGUGUCAAGUAAAGCUAGAAUUAUAAUUUAAAGUGUUAAGAUCAUUCUAACAGCUGAGACCGUUUAUGAUCAUUAAAUAUAAUUGAAGUGUUGCUAAUUGCGUACAUAAUGCUACUAGUUAGAUUGCUAAAAAUAUACAUUACUUACAUUAUUGGGUGUUCUAUCUACGUU